AUUUCAAAAAUUUUUUGUGGUUAUGUUUAGAAUGUAAUUUUUUGUUGUUUGGAUUUUGAAAUAUUGUUCAAUUAAUUUCCAACUUUUAAUGACGACGCUGUAGUUUUGGGCUUUGCUGUGAUUCUGUAAUUACUUACAUCUUAGCAUAAUGGCUUUCUCUUUCGGUAGUACUCCAGCGAAAACUCCUGGAUUCGGCACUACUUUUGGUACCCCAACAACUUCAUCAACUGGUGGUUUUGGGGGUUUUGGUUCUACUUUUGGCACCGCCACUUCUCAACCUCCAGCAUUUGGCUCAACUUUUGGUACUCCAGCGGCUACCCAACCAGCUUUUGGAACUCCAGCGGCUACUCAACCAGCUUUUGGAACUCCAGCGGCUACUCAACCAGCUUUUGGAACUCCAGCGGCUACUCAACCAGCUUUUGGCACUCCAGCAGCUACUCAACCAGCUUUUGGUAGCACCUUCGGAACUGCAACUCCCAGUUUCGGUUCGGCAUUCGGUACUCCAGCAUCAUCAGCACCGCCCAGUUUUGGUACUAGUUUCGGUUCUGCAUUUGGGUCCACAGCAACAUCGGCUGCGCCUGCUUUUGGUACUUCCUUCGGUACCCAACAGGAUCAGUCUAAUUUGUUUGGUGCCAAUAAGCCAAGCUUAUUCGGAACUGCACCUUCCACAACAGGGUUAUUUUCAAGUGGCGGUACUGGUGGAUUAUUCGGAUCGGCGAAUACUAACCAACCUACUGGUUUGUUCGGAAGUACUGCAACUAGUACUGCUCCCAGCCUUUUUGGUGCAACUUCUACACCUUCUCUUUUCGGACAACCCGCAGCGAGUACGACAACCACUCCUUUUGGGGCUGCUAAUACUACUGCAACUGGUUUUGGUGGUUUAUUUGGUAGUACUCAGGCCACUACAGCCCCCUCUCUAUUUGGUACAAGUUUUGGUGCAACCACCUCUACUGCACCCGCUUUUGGAGGUUUUGGUACAACGCAAACAGGAUUUGGAGGAUUUGGUACUCAAGCACCUACUACAGGCUUAUUGGGAUCUACAUUUGGGGCCAAACCUAUUCAGUCUACAACUGGUCAGGUCCAGCAAACAUCCGUCUCAAAAAGUCAACAGGCUGUUGCGUCUGUGUACGCCAUCAACGUUUUCAAUGAUGAACGUGACAGUAUCCUCAAAAAAUGGAACAUGCUCCAAGCUUGUUGGGGCACCGGAAAGGGCUACUACAAUAGUACCCAACCUCCAGUGGAAUAUGACUCUCAAAAUCCAUUCUACAGAUUCAAAGCCAUGGGUUACAACCUUAUUCCAGAACAGGAGAAUUCUGAAGGAAUAGUCAAGUUGAUCUUCAAUAAAAAGAUUUCAGAACUGAAAAAUCAGCAGGAAGUUCUCAAAAAUGGCAUUGGUGGGAUCUUGGGUAACAGGCCUAAUCUGACUGUCGAAAUAAAUCAGAUAAGAGCUAUUUCUGAAAAUCAGACAGAAGUGAAAAUAGCUGUAUCAGAAAAAGGAGUUACAGGAUGCAGUAGAAAAAUUCCUGCUACAGACUUGUCUUCAUUUUUGAAUCAGCCCGUGCAAAAACAACAACUUUCCAGUGUUGGAAUCACCGCAAUUACGCCAUUCAUAACCCCCACUAAAGCAGAGUUGGAAGAGUAUCUGAAGCACCCGCCACCAGGAAUUGAUGUACAAAUGUGGCAGGCAGCAAUUCAAGAUAAUCCCAAUCCAAAAAAGUACAUACCGGUACCAAUAAAUGGCUUUGCAGAUUUAAGAUCAAGAAUGCUCCAUCAAGAACAUCAAACAGGAUUGCAUCAGGCGUUUUUGGAAAGAGUGAACAAUGAUAUUACAGAACUAAAAACAAGACAUUCUUCUUCUGUGGCAAAAAUUACCGAUUUGAAAAUAAAGUUUAUGGAAUUGCAACAUAGGAUAUUGAAGAUUUUGGUGAAACAAGAGAGUUCUAGAAAGCUUGGAAUAGCAAUUCAACCAGAGGAAGAGGUUUUGAGGGGUAAAUUUGAAAUGAUGUAUCAGACCUUAAACAACCCCAAACACUUCAAG